GGUCUCCCAGUCAAAAAUUUGCAGCUUGACUCGAAUGCCUCUUCUGUCUUAGGACAACCCGGGGAUAUUCCGGCAGUGACGACAGCUGUCGUAGUCGACCCUGUAUGCUACCAUAGAGAUAUUUUGCUGGGCGAUCAUGCAAAUAAACUUGGCCCCAAAACACACAAGGCAACUCAGGAUCUUACGGGGAUAGGGUCUACAUCUGGGCUUAGGGCUGGUUGUGUUGAAACUGACCUAAGUUCAGGUAAACCAGAACCAUCGACAUUGUCACUUUCUGGGGAUGGUGAUGUUAGGCCAUUUGAAGAUAUGGCAGGCGUUCGUGAUGUUAACGAUCAUAUUGGGGAGGCACUUGGGGGCGUUAGUAACAGGGAUCUUUGUAUAAAAUCUACUGAUUCUAGCGCCAGCCUACUUCCUUUGACUCUUGACCACAAACAAUCUAUUCAACUUCCUAAAGUGCCGCCCCCGUCACCACAGCCCAGUUCCACCUCUAAUCAGCUGUGCUUCAAUACCCAAGCUCCGUUUAGCCAACGUCGAAUGUCUGUUCAUCGUAUUUUCAAUGCACUCUCGAGUAUGGGCCGUUCCUUUGGCCGUAAAAAUAAGUACCGAGACGGAACGCGGCGCGCAGGUCGGCAUGAUCAGCACUCAGAACCGCGCAUUAAGGGCACCAGCUCAUCUUCUGCCUCGCCGACCUCUUUUUCGGAAAUCAUGCAGCAACAACCUACCCAUCCAUCUGAUAUCUCUUUUAUAACCAAGCGGACAUCGGGCACCCUUCCCGAGGACAGUGUCCUAGCAGUUACCAGAGACUCUGGUCUGAGUGGCCAUGCGAUUCACCCCUCCUCCGGGGCUACACUUGCUCAAUUUAGUUCGCCAUUGCCGAGAGAUGUGCUGGUAGAUCUGAGACCGAGCCUAGCGAGACUCGGGCCCCCGGAUUAUUGGCGCCGAGACAGAGUCGAUCAUCCAGUCUCGAUCGACUAUCGAAUACCAUCCAACACAACACUCCCCUUAGUCUUGAUUCAGUACGUUUAA